ACAAAAAAAAAAUCUUCACAGUCAGCUGUAUUCACCUGGAAAAAAUAACGCAGUGAUCGCAUACAGUAGCAGUAGCGUAGUGAUUUUCAAAGAGAAUUGAGAACUAAGCAAUUUUAUUAUUUUUUCUAAUAAUAAAAUACCAACAAAAUAUAUUCUUACGACUUAUACAUAUACUGAUUUUUAUUUAUUCAAUAGACAUUUUAAAAAACAUUUAUAUUAAUUUUACUUAUUUGGUAUUAGAUAUUUUUUUUUUUUUUUUGUAAAUUUUAUUAUUUAUAAUUAUAAAUAUUUUAUUCCAUCCGAAACUGCCAUCCAAAUCUGCACCGAUGGGUUAAGCUGAGAGAUUUAUAUCAUAGUGGUGGAACAUAAUAUUUAUUAUAUUUAUACGACAAAAAUAUGAGUGAAAAAUUAAAAAAAAAUAUGGAUAAACCAAUACCGAAACCUAGAACUCGUCGUUUGAACUGUAGAUUAAAUUGUGAUGAUACGUUAAAUCUUGAAGAUACUUUAUUAUCAUUUAAUGGACCAAUUGGACAGGAGCAAGCUUGGGCAGUUUGUCAUCAAACUGCUAAAUGUCUCGCAGCACUUGGACCAAAUAAAUUACAAGAAUUGACUCGUCUUACUCAAAUUUUAUUGCAUAAAGAAGGUUAUGUCUUGCUGGAUUUACCUACAGACUCACAUGCUAUGCAUUCAUCAGAAAGGAAGGUCGUUUUUUCACUGGGAGUUUUAAUUUUCAAGGCUCUAGAUUUCCGGUUGGAUCAAAAAGAAGAGAGACGAUUGUCCUUGGAUUUAAAAGAUUUGAUUAAUUUGAUGACAAGCUGCGAUGAAGAAUAUGAACCUGAAGAACGACAUGAAACUGAUGAUGAAGGUAUUGGACGUGACUCUGAAGCAGAAAUGGAUGAACCACAUGAGAAUGGCUCAUACAUUAGCAAUCCUGAUUAUUAUAGUUUGAAGAACAUUAUUCAAGUAUGCGUCAAGCAUGUGCAGGGAACUGAAGAACAAGCAGAUGUUCAUUACAGAGCAGUAAUCCGAGCAUUUGUCCAUGAAGCACUUGAAUUAACGCAGUUCCUUGAAAAAGUUGCAGUUGAACGAUUUCACGAUAGUCCUACAAAUUUUUCAAAACAUUCUGAGCCAAAACACGCUGUAGCAUCUUGUCAACAGUUGGAUACUCUUGGCUAUGAUGACUGGACUGACAUUAGGAUUUGGCGAGCGAUACAAGCACGAUUCUGGGUACAAGUGAUCGGUGAGCUACGACGUGGAAUAAAACUAAAAAAAGUUGAAGAGAACUUGGGAAAACGUGGUCGUGCUCACAGUAAAGGACGUGGGACUGAGUUUGAAUUGACUCCUUACGAGAUUCUCAUGAAUGACAUUAGAGAACGUAGAUAUAAUCUCAAAAAAACACCAGCACCUUCUCCACGUGUGACAAAAGAUGCACGUGCUGUAGUCUUAGAAUUUAUUCGCAGUAGACCUCCACUAAAAAAAGCAUCGGAAAGACAACUACCACCUAGAAGAAAACAGUCUACAAUGCGUGAGUUAUUGAUGGAAAGUAUCAAAAAACCUCCUAGACCUUUGAGAUCUUGUCGAGAACGUCAGCUCAAUGAGAAAAAAGUUGGUGGUGAAUCACGUCGUAUUGUAUUAGGUGAAGUGCCUCCAGCUCAAGCUGAACAGGUACAAGAGCAGGAACCAGCUCAAGAUGUUGCAGCUCAGUGGCGUCAUUCAGAAGGUCAAGGGUCGCAUCCGGUACCAAAGCCCCGUCAACGUCUUAGCAAACCUGCUGAAACUAAGGCUCGGAAUCGUAAGUGUAGGAGACGAAUUAGGGCAUCAGAUGAUGGACAAGAGGCAGUAGAAUCUGAAACUGGAGAUCAAGCUGUCAAGAAGCAACAGAGAAAACUUAUCCCAGUUGAUUUUAAACUUGACAUCGAAGAAGAUGAUGAAGAUGAUGAUGAUGAAGAUGAUGAAUACGCGGUGACCAGAUUUGAGGAUGAAGACGAACCAGCAGAUAAUGAUAAUGAAAUGUAUCAAAAAUCUAAAUGGUUCGGAGGUAGACCUCACGUUGGUGGUGACAUUGAAGAUGAUGAUGACAAAAGCUCAGCAAAUCCUUGGAGAAAAACAGGAAAACUUCGUUUGACCCAAAAUGAAUAUCAUCGAUUUUGUGACGCUCAAUUAGAAUCGUAUGAUUUAGCAACACAAUGUCCAUCAAGACGCGCAUCAGCACGAAAGCACACUGGUCGUUGUAGCACAAAACCUUUGAUUGCAUUCUCUGGGACUUGUUCAGUACCGCAUUCAAGGCCUCAAAGCCGCCAACAUGCUGGAGUCAUGGGAAAUGAUAUGCGAAUGAGUUUAAAUCCCAGUCCGAAUGUAAGUCCAAGUAUUAGUCCUCGUGCCAGAGAAAGAAUUCUCAUGAAAUCACACACCACUGUUGAAUCUGAUAAUAAACACCAUACAAAUCAGUCUGACAGUGAUAGAAAACCAUCUCUUGGUGACAUGUUUCUUGAUGAAAGACUCUCAUUAACCCUCGAAGAAAUAGUUCACAUCCGUAGUGUUUUAACAAAAGCCGAGUUAGAAUCAUUGCCGGUUGAGGGUAGAGUAAAAGAAGAUGUAGAGAAACGUCGUGUGUGUUUCUUAUGCUUGAAAACCCGUUUUGGUAUUCUUGGUCCCUGGGGACAACGCUGUAGACUUUGUGAAAGAACUGUUUGUGUCAAAUGCUACUCAAAGAUGCGUAUUCCAACAGAACAUUUCGCUCAUGUACCUGUGGUAUUAUUGUCACCUGGUUUACUUCUUUCUCCAUCAAAUUCCGAACCAGAUUCAACAAGAAAUCCAUGGCCAAGACCUGGUGGAGCAGUUGGCUCGGCUCCAGCAUCACCCGCUCAUCGACGUCGUGAUCCAGCAUUAAAUAAUGGAACACCAUUAUCAACACCUAAUCCUGCAACUCCAGCUGACAAUCUUACUCCUGGUUCAACACCUACGUCUUUAGGUCGCAGAGACGAUCUUUUAGACCGGAGUAGGUAUCCAAAAGUUGGCGGCAGUCCAAGUCGUAUGUCUAAUAGUGCUAUUGGUAGUCUUGGUCCUGGUAUUGGAAGUGAGCCUCUUGUAGCAGAACGACUUCGGGGUGUAUCAAUGGUUGUUUGUCAUGAUUGUCGUAUUAUGGUAAUUCAAAUUAUUAAAAGUUCCCGUAGUACUCGGGCGACAAUACGCAACAAUGUUAUAUCACGUCUUACUCUCAAUCUUUCACCGGCAUAUGUUUAAAUUCAUAUUAAAUCAUUAUAUAUUGAACCCAUUGCUGUAGAUUAGAUAGAUGUAUUAAUGUGGUUCGAAAAAGAAUUAAAAAAUAACAGAGAGAGAGAGAGAGAAAAUAAAACGAAUGAUGGCGAUAUUAUUGUAGAUAUUUAACUGGGGCCCAAAGUACCAGGUAUUAAUCAGCGUGUAGUAUUUUAUCUUAAAAAAAAACUGACAAAAAGGAUUAUUGUAUAUUUAAUAAACUGGAUAAUUAAUAACACAAGCGUGAUCAACGACGUUUGUUAAAUUACUAUUGCCGUAUUAAAACGGCGGUAAACUCGUGGCCUAAUUGGUAUGUAGUGAAAGUGUCAUUAACAAAAAAAAUAAAAAUAAUUAACGACGAAUAGAGUACAAUUUAAUAAAAUAAGUCAAUUCUCAUGACAUAUGCUAUUACUAUUUGGUAUAUUAUUCUUAAUUAAUUUUCCGAAAAAAAAAAAUCGUUGACAAUUUAUAAUUAACAAUUAACAAUUAAAUAAUUGAAUGGAGAAAAAUUAAAAAAAUUAUUACACGCAUGUACAUAAAUGCUGAAUAAAUAAUAAUGAUUAAUUCUGAGAAAAUAGUUUAACAAGAAAAAGUAUAUUGUUGCUUUAAUCUUUUGUUAUAAUAGAGAAAAUAAAAUAUGUUUAAUUAUAAAUGCUUGACUCUUGCCACAGUAUUCCGUUGACUCGGUAUCAAUAGCAAGUAUUUAAUGUUGAUCAUUAAAGUACACAUAAAUAAACUUAAGUGAGCAUUAUCAUACAAUGACUUAGUUUCACACAAUGAAAACUAUUAUUUCGUCUUUAAGACAUCGAGUUUGUUUUGUCUAAUGGAUAAAAUUAAAUAUAACAAUUGUCAAAUUUAUUUACAAUUUAAUCCUGUUAAUAAAUUUAUUAUUUUGCAUGGUACUGUAAUUGUUUUUUUUUGUUCUGAAAAAAUGGGCAGGCCCCUUCUACAUAUUAUUUAUUAAUUUUUAUCGCCGUUGACUGAAAAAAAAGUUAAGUAACAAAUAAAAGCGGGACAUCAAAGAUAAAUUCAUAUUAAUAAUAUAUAUAUGAAAAUAAAUUUAAUAUAUUAGUAUAUAAGAAAAAAAUAAAUAAUUAUAGGAAAAGAGAUGUAUGAAUAUUUAAAGAAAUUAGUUAAUAGAUAUAAUUACCGUGUAUGAUGUAUGGUAAAGUGUAAUUGAAAUUUUUCUCGCUGUCUGAGGCCAAUAUAAAACAUUGUCACAAAUAGAUCUAAAAUGUUAAUUAAGUUGUAAUUUUAAUUUUAAUUAUGAGUUUGUAUGAAUUAUUUUUUAUUUGUUAUAUAUAUUUGUAAAUUUUUGAUUGAUGAAAAAAAGCAAACGACGUUAAAAGACUUAAGUUGUAGUUAACAAAAAAUUCAAUUUUUUAAAACUCAAAAAUUUAUACUCUAUCAAUUUAUUAUUCAUUCUUUAUAUAUUAUUACUUAUUUAUUAUUAUUGCUCAUGCUCAUGAUGACGAAAGAGUUAUUGAUAAUUAUUUUCUUAUCUUGUUAAUUAAAAUUAAAAUUCCAAGCUUACUUUAAAUUGCAUUUAUCAAAACGAAAUUACUUUUAAUCUUGAUACCUGACGAAAAUUGUCAAGAUUUAAUAUAUAUUUAAAUUACAACUUUCAAAUAAUUACGUACUCGAUAAAAAAGAUUGUAUUAAUCAUUAAUAUUCAACUGUUUUAUAAUUAAUUUUUUUAUAUAAAAAAAAAAUAUUGCAUGAGCUGAAUAAAUAUGUUAAUAGUCCAGACUUUACUUUGUGACAAAAAGUUAUAAAAGCUCUAUCAUAACAGCAAAAUAUACUUCCACAAUGGUGCAUUUAUAAGUUAUUAAACAUUAAUUUAAGUUAAUA